UAUUUCCCCUUUUGUUUAGCGGGUAAGGCCCCUCUCUGUUUGGAACUUGGAGGGGGGCCAUGUUGUUAGUGAGUGUGUAGCUAGUUACCCAGCAGCAAUGGUGUUUUGUUAAUACAGCUCACCAGACGGCAUUUGUAUGUUUCGCUCGGUUAACAAGGGUUGCUUCUGUUCAACGGCGUAUGCACAACGGAGAGUUAUGCUUUCAUUGUAUACACUUAUUUAACUACACUAGUAAUUUUACUGCGCUGAUAUUAUCAAACUGAAAAGGUAAGGGGCCUCCCUUACUCUGCCUAGCUAGGCUAGUAGCUAACAACCAAAUUCAACGUUGACGCUAGAUUUGCAAGUGAAUUGGUAACGUUAGGUAGCUAGCUAACUUGGCUUCUGUCUACUGUUAGUUUAACGAACAAACAUGAUAGCCAGCUAGCUAGGCAAUAUGCUAAUUAGCUAGGUAUCUAACUACUAGUUCACGAAUGGUUGUUUUGCCAGUCUGAGCCAAUGACUGAGCUCUGAAUUAAGAAGCCAGUUGUCUUGAACAGAGAAAUCGUGGACGUAGCUAGGUAGUACUGUAGUUAACUGUUUUUCUGACGUCAGUUUCAUGCAAAACUAACCGAGUCUGCUAGCUAUAGACAUCGUUUGUUGGUUUAGCUAGCUAGUUAUAAAGUAGCCAGCUAAGUACCUACCUAACUACUCGUGGUAUUCAACAUCCUUUUCGUGAAAUCAAUAACCACAAUACUAGCUAGCGAACGUUAAUUAUCUAGAGACUAUGCGAAGUUGCCAGCUAACGUUAGCUAGCUGGCGAAUGUUACCAAUUUCGCGUAAAACGUGUUUGAAUGGCGUUAGCUAACUAGCUAGGUAGUUAAAGUAACGUUAACGAACUAUCUACAAUAUGUAGCUAACGUUAGCUAGCUACUAACUAGGUACGCCGGCUUACUACGUGUGUAAUAUUUAUUUCGCUAGCUAAAGUUAGGAAAACACACAUCCGACAACGACGAGUUGAACACUCCAGCCAGACAUUCAUUGUUCGAUUGGCUACGCUAACAAGUUAGCUAGCUAGCUAAAUAAGCUAGCAACGGUAGGCUAGAUGGCUAGCUAGCGAUCCACCUAGCUAACGUUGUUUUGCUAGCUAUAUCAAGAUAUUGGUUUUCACUGUCUGUGAUGUAGGUAGCGUUAGCUAGUUAAGUUUAACCAUGGCAUGUUCACGAUUGAUGUUAGUUAUCUAAGGUUAGCUGUUUGGCUAAGAAGGCCAAAGCAAAGCGCAUAUUACACGGACUUUCGGGACACUACCGACGGUACCGUAACGUAAUGACGUUAGCUACCUUAACUAUGUAAAGUUAGCUAGCUAAGUACGUUAACGUUAGCUAUGUACAACAAUGUAAUAAAUAAGUUGUCUAGAUAGCUAGGUAACGUUAGCUAAGUCAAAUAAAUGGCAUGUAACGUCCCCAGAGAAGAUUGUUACUAGCUAGAGACAGUGCUUAUUUAGCUAGAGACAGUGCUUAUUUAUGACGCUGACAGUGCUUUAUGCUGCAGUUCUGCAGACCUUUCAGCUAAUUUAUUAAACAAAUCAAAGAACGGAAACUCUGUCUUAACGUUUGGGACCAAAAAAGUAUAUAUUUUUAAUGAUUUUACUAGCUACAGUUAAUACACACGUGUAUGUUUGGUUGGUUCAAUAAGCUUACAUUCAAUAUCAGAAACCUCAGCCUAAUGUUUGACAAGUGCAAUCCAUAGCCAAUGUAAAGCAACCCUCUAACAUGUUCUGUUAUUUCCCCUUCCAUAGGCUUCCCCGUGGAAUGAGCGUUCCAUGCAGCAUCCUAGGUAUGAAUGACGUGGCCUGGCAGGAGACACGAGGUGGGAUGCUGCACACAAAUGGUGCCCCUGAAGCCGGGGGUGUCAGAGUUCACGGAGGGGGAUCCCUGGCAGCCGUAGGGGGAGCAGGGCAGGGUCCUGGAGGGCCACACCCUCUGCAGGGCAUGGAUAGGGGCCCCAACCCCACCCCAGGUACCCCGCAGCCUCCACUGAGUGGGCGCUCUCAGGACGAUGCCACAGUUGGCUACUUCUUCCAGAGGCAGCCUGGGGAGCAGUUGGGAGGUUGCACCCCUAGCAAGCACCGUUGGCCUACAGGAGAUGGCAACCACAUUGACCAGGUACAAUGAUUUUGCCAGGGUCAAACUGCUUGGCUACAAACUUCCUGUUUGAUAAUUAUACAAUAUUUGAACGAAGCAGACCUUAGACCCUUUAGAAACUACUUUACCACCGCAGAGAAGUUAUGCCGUUUCAGCCCCCUGGUUCGAUUCCAGGCUGUAUCACAACCGGCCGUGAUUGGGAGUCCCAUAGGAAGGCGCACAAUUGGCCCGGCGUCGUCCGGGUUUGGCCUGUGUAGGCCGUCAUUGUAAAUAAGAAUUUGUUCUUAACUGACUUGCCUAGUUAAAUUAAGGUUACAUAUAUUUUUUUAAAUAAAUGAAGUAAAUUGCACCAGCCAAAGACUGCCGAACCGUUAUUCGGUUAGCCUCUGAAAAUAAAUGUCAUCGGUCAUGCUUUAGGUUCAUUUGCAUAAUUUAGUGGAAUUAAAUUGGCACAUGUGCAUUUUCGUUACUUCAUCCUAUAUCUUAUUUAUCACACACGCACCGCAUACAGAGCCUAGUUUGAGUGGAAUAAUAUCACCUGUUGGACAGCGAGCGCUACAGCUCCUUGAACAGCUGGUUGCUGCUGGAGUGAAACGUGUUCUUAUAAGCGCAGUCAUUGCGCAACAAAUUUUAAAUGAAAUGUAAAAAACACUUGAUGGCACAAUUCUAGUUAUAUUAGCAACCCAUCCUUGUUGCGUCUUUAGAGUCCCCCUCUUUCUAAGUUUCUAACUGAGAUUUUCAUCUGUCACAUAUGGAACCGCUUGCAUCAGGUGCGCUAUUUACAGUGCCUUCAAAGUAUUCACACCCUAGACUUUUCCCACAUUUUGUUGUUACAGCCUGCAUUUCAAAUUGUUUCAAUUGUCCAAGUAGAAUUAUGUAUUUUGAUUUCUCUCCAAAUUAAUUAAAAAUGAAAAGCUGAAAUGUCUUGAGUAAAUAAGUAUUCAACCCUUUUGUUAUGGCAAGCCUAAAUAAGUUCAGGAGAGUAAAUUUGCUUCACAAAUUGCAUGGACUCAAUCUGUGUGCAAUAAUGGUGUUUAACAUUAUGUUUUAAUGACUACCUCAUCUCUGUACCCCACACAUACAAUCAUCUGUAAGGUCCCUCAGUCGAGCAGUACAUUUCAAACACAGAUUCAACCACAAAGACCAGGGAGGUUUUCCGAUGCCUCGCAAAGAAUGGCACCUGUUAGUAGAUGAGUAAACAAAUAAAAAAGCAGACUUUGAAUAGCCCUUUGAGCAUAGUGAAGUUAUUAAUUACAAUUUGGAUGGUGUAUCAAUACACCUAGUCACUACAAAGAUACAGGCGUCCUACCUAACUCAGUUGCUGGAGAGGAAGGAAACCGCUCAGGGAUUUCACCAUGAGGCCAAUGGUAACUUGAAAACAGCUAGAGUUUAAUGACUGUGAUAAGAGGAAACUGAGGAUGGAUCAACAACAUUGUAGUUACUCCACAAUACUAAGCUAAUUGACAGUGAAAGAAGGAAGCCUGUAUAAAAUACAAAUAUUCCAAAAGAUGCCUCCUGUUUGCAACAAGGCACUAAAGUAAUACUGCAAAAAAAAUGUGGCAAAGCAAUUAACUUUUUGUCCUGAAUACAAAGGGUUAUGUUUGGGGCAAAUCCAAUACAACACAUUGAGUACCACUAUAUUUUCAAGCAUAGUGACGACUGUAUCAUGUUAUGGGUAUGCUUGUAAUCCUUAAGGACUGGGGAGUUUUUCAGGAUGAUAAAUAAACAGAAUGGCACUAAGCACAGGCAAAAUCCUAGAGGAAAACAUGGUUCAGUCUGCUUUCCACCAGACACUGGGAAAUGAAUUCACCUUUCAGCAGGAUGAUAACCUAAAACACAAGGCCACAUCUACACUGGAGUGGCUUACCAAGAAGAUGGGGAAUGUUCCUGAGUAGCCGAGUUACAGCUUUGACUUAAAUCAUGGCCCAGCGUCGUCCGGGUUUGGCCGGUGAAGGCCGUCAUUGUAAAUAAGAAUUUGUUCUUAACUGACUUGCCUAGUUAAAUAAAGGUACAAUAAAAUCUGCUUGAAAAUCUAUGGAAAGACUUAAAUGGUUGUCUAGCAAUGAUCAACAACCAAUUUGACAGAGCUUGAAGAAUUUUGAAAAUAAUGUGCAAAUAUUGUACAAUCCAGGUGUGCAAAGCACUUAGACUUACCCAGAAAGACUCACAGCUGUAAUCGCUGCACUUUGUCAUUAUGGGGUGUUGUGUGUAGGGGGGGAAAUGUAUUUAAUACAUUUUGAAUUUGGGCUGUAACACGUGGAAUAAUUCAAGGGGUAUGAAUACUUUCUGAAGGGACUAUAGAAUGGUAUUUUCCUGCGAAUUGAAUUUUGGCAAAUGUUUGAAAUUAUCUUUUACAUUGGCUGCUUCAUUACAGUAGUUGUAUGUUCAAUAAUACAUCAUUUUGGCUGUGAGACAAUUGGCUUGUUACGGUUGCAUGUUUCAAUUAAACUCAAUGAAAAAUGUCAGUUCCUUGUAUGUAUGCUUAGUAUCUUCUGUUGUGGGGGGGGGGGGGGGGGGGGUCUCAGUCAGUGAUCUCUCGCACAAAGGGAAAAGGCUUUGCUGAUAUCUAAUAUCAAUGACUUAAAAUGGGAAAAAUAACAUCUAUUGUGUCUAGGGAUGUUAAUCGGUUAGCUGCCGAAAAUAAAUUUGACCUGUUGUGCUUAUCGGUCUAUAGGUUAAUUUGCAUAAUUUCGUGGAAUUAAAUUGUCUCGUGUAUUUUCAUUAGUUGUCAUGUAUCUUAUUUAUCACGCGCACAGCAUACAGAGCCUAGUUUGAUGAGGGGAAUGGCCUAUCACUUGUUUUGACAGCGCGAGAGCGUCCUCAAAAAGCAUGUACUGGAGUGAAACCUGCUUUUAUAAGGCCAGUCAUUGCGCAACAAAUAACAAUUCUGAAUGCAAUCGCGUGUUAACUGUUUUGAUGGGCAUGAUUUAAAGGGGGUAAAAAGUUGUUUUUUAAUUUCUCCAUCUCAACUUGUAAUUAAAGCGUGCCUCCCAGGCAGGCUAUCAGUGCGUCACCCACCACUUUACAACGUGAGUGUGAGGCAUUAUAAUUGAUUGAAACCUGAAUGUUUUACUUUCCUUCAGAUAAUGAUAAUUGUCUUGCCUUGCCUCAAAGGAGCGUAGCCAAAAUCCAACCAUAGAAAUGUGAAGGCAAUUCAGUGUCGCUUUAUUUGAAGUGCAUUUUAUGACGGCUUCUUAAGAACUACAGAGUCCUCACAAAUCAUCUAUAACCGUAUAUAUUAUGAUCUAUAAAGAUUAACAAUGUGGCAUAACUGUGUGACACAACCAUCAAUUUAUUUGUUCAUGCUCUAUUAAACCUUUAUAGAGCAUGUACGUUUAUAGAUUUGUGACCUGUUUAUGCAGUGCUUUAUUAUCAAAAAUAUUUUUCAUUGUGUGGCAAAAUUUCUUUGUGUGGGCGGAGCCCUGCUUCAAUAAUGCAACACUGCAUGUAUAAAUGUUAAUUACAGGCUAGAAUACUUUACAAUACAAGCAGAUAUGAGUAGCUUCCAGUUUUGUAGACUUACGUUCCUUGCUAGGUUACAGCUGAAGCGAACAUCAAUUCACUACCCUAGUACUUUGUUUGUGAUAAUAUACAAACUAUAACGCAAAAUAUGGUGAUUUCAAAGCUGAUUGUCAUCAAAAACCAUAGUCCGUGUCAUUGCCACUACCUUUAUUAAUUAACUUUGUCUCCCUUGCUUCAAGUCUCUUCUGUCUCACUGUGUGUGAAUGACAUCACUAGGUCUUAAAGAGACAGCGCACACUUCUUAAAAAUAUAAAACAAGAGGUUGCGUCUUAUAUGAAAAUGUUAAGUACAAUAAAAUAAGUCCCAUAUCGAAGGCAAACAUCUGUAGCCCUAUGAAACCAGCCAAAAUAAGGGAAAUAACUUGAUGCAUGCACACUCAUAUUGAAUAUGCAUUCUACAGUAUAGUGAAUGGGGCUACGCUUAAUCUUGAUUUACCCAGUUUAUCAAUAUAGAUUUACCUUUAAAAUAAAUGAUUAUGAUAUUAAUGUAGUUAGAUUGGUAAAAAGUCAAAUUGAUUGUAUAAACAGUCACUGGUCAUGUCAUUGUCGGUGUGACCAAAUCAUGUGCUGGUGCCAUCAACUGAAAAAAUUGGUAGCACCAGUGGAGAAGGUUAGUCUAGAACCCUGGUAAGUUAUUUCUAUAUGAAUUAAGGUUAAUUUAUUUAAACUUUUAAUGUUGAGGACAAUAAAAUGUAAAUGAGUGAUGUUUUAUAGAAAACUUGCAAGUGCUACAGGAGUUGGCAUCAAUUUGCUUUCCUCCAAUUUCGCUAUGAUGACCAGAGCUAGCCUAUUACAAAUCAGGAUACCAUAUUCACCUGGUCGAAUUGUGUGUGCUGUAACUGACUGAAACCAAACAUUUUUUCCUAUCUCAGGUUCGCACCGUGGAUGAGAUGAACUAUGGUUUUCAAGCCCUUGCUUUGGAGUCCAGGGGCAUGGGUGAGGUAGGUUGAGAUCCGCCACAUUGCAAGUUUCUUCCCUUUUAAACUUAGGUUCUGUGCUACAUCUUCCAGAAUGUUGAAGUUGCCAUUUUGCCUUCUCUUUACAGAUGCUGCCAGCAAAGAAACUGUGGGAUUCAGAUGAAUUGGCCAAGGAUGGAAGGAAAGGGAUGCUCCUUGGAGAGGAGUGGCGGGAGAAUGCCUGGGGAUCUUCUCGUGAGUGUAGUUUUCUGUGCCUCUGCUGGUCUGUCUGUAUGUGUUUUACCCUCAGGUUUUUUGAGAGCCGCAAUGACUGGAAGUCUAUCUGCUAGUAGAUACCCAUAGAUUUCCAGUCAUUGCGCUAACGGUAGUUAGCAUUGGCUCGCAAAACUGCCUCUAACUUCCUCAUACUGGACACAGAGACAUAACAAUGGUAUCUGAGUUCAUCUGAUUAAGGGGAAGUAGAUAAAGUAUCAAAAUGACCAAUUCAACCCAAAAAUCUUAAUGUCCUUCUAUGCAUAAAUAAAUAGUAGGCUUGGGCGGUAUCCAGAUUGUCAUACCUUCAUUACCGACCUUGUGCCAUCCCGGGAUAUCCGGUAAUGCCGGCAAUGAAAACAAGUGGCGCUGAUUACACACUGUCUGCAAUCCAAAGGUUAUUAGGUUUGGGGGACCCUGGUAUAAACGUUAUAUUUUUCGAACUACCCACGGUAUGAUUUUCAAUACCUUGCGGGCGUGCGUGCUACGCCACUGCUUAUAACUAUAAGUUAAGUAUAACUAUAAGAUGUGUGAAAUUAUAUCCAGCUCAGGCCUCCAGCUAUGCAUUUGCAGGGCUCUAUGCUGACCUUUUUUACAAGGAGCAUGCGUGCGCCUAAGUAAAAAUGUUUUCGUUUUGAAUUCCAUACUUCUAACUAGAUCACCUGGCGCAUGCUGCACAACAGUGAGUGAGUGACUCACAAGGCUCUGGUCUCGCAUCGUUGUGUGCUUGUAAACAAAAUAUGUGACUGGGGACUACUGGUAAGCUUCAGAAUAAAAAAUGAUGUGACCGGUGAAAUGAAGAACGCGAUCAGCUUAACUCCUAACGUAUUGCACAAGUUGACUGCAGGUAUUUACUUACAAAGUAGCAAAAUGGUUAAAAGGUAUAGUUUCAACGGUAUUGAUGAUAUGGAAAAACCAUCCGUGGCUAUUUCCAAAUACCCCGGUAUACCGCCCAAGCCUAACAAAUAGCCUUAGAGUUUAGUGCGGGAAGUUGAAAUACUGCAGUUAAUACUCAGUUCAACUGGUACCAUUAAGACCAUGCAGAUAGCUUUUUCAAGAAAUCUGCUGAAACUCCUCCUCUUCUUGAGGAAUUGACCAAGCACAAUCUUCCUAUUAUGAGCAUGUCUCACAGUCCUUGAUGUCUCUCUUCUUCGCUCCGCCCCCAUUCCUCUGAUGAGCAGAUCACUCAGUGUCCCAGCCUAUCAUGGUGCAGAGGCGACCCGGACAGGGUUUCCAUGGGAACGGCGAUGCCAGCUCUGUGCUGUCCCCUCGCUCCGAGGGCGGAGGCCUGGGCGUGAGCAUGGUGGAGUACGUCCUGAGCUCCUCCCCCGGUGACAAGAUGGAUGGCCGCUACAGGAACGGUGGCUAUGUAAGUCUUUCUGCCAAGGGUCUCUCUUGCUCUCUCCCCUUCGCCAAUCCACUCAGAACCAAGAGAAGACCUACAUCGGGGUCAAUCGAUGGGUUAGCUGACAAUGUCACAAACGAUGCACUUGCUAAAAUGGGGCAGAAGUCUGUGUGUUUAUGAUUAUGGAUGACCACAUGGCUAGCAACAAUGACAAGAAGCUGCCAUGUGGGGAAUCGUAGGUGGCUUGUUUCAGCUAGUUUUUGAUACCAUCUUGUUCUUGAUACCAUGUCUUGUUUUCAGGUGUUUUGACUAUCAUGUCUAUGCUAAUAUGGUUAAUAUUUGCUAGCUAGCUAGCUAGCUAACCAACAACUAACAAUAUAUUUGAGACAACAGGUGCUCAUUGUGCACGUUUAUUUAUGUUUUCAAUAAACAGUGGAGACAAAAUAUAGUUUAAAUGGGUUGGGCUCUAGCCUCAUGUUCUCCAAUGGAGAAUUGCUUCUCUUUGGACAAACAAGCAUCAAUGUUUUUUUUGGUUUUGCAGGGCGGAGGGGACGUUGACCCUGACAGGAGGGAGAAGGGUGACGCGCAAGACAAGACGUCUCCGUUCGAAGAGGACAAGAGCCCUGACAUGAAAGUGGGAGAGGAGAGUGACAGCAACGGGAGAGGCCUGCUCAACGGCAUGGACAGAGACUGCAAAGACUUCAAGUACGGUUCCUUUUUAGUGGUUAUUUGGGGGUGAAUGGGGGGGUCAUGAAAUAAUCAUUAUAAGAUGUAUUUACCAAUCCUUCACCGCACUUGAAGUUCCCUCUCUGGAGAAUGAAAUGUAUUUGAAUUGAGUUAUGCAGAUAAGACGUUCAAGUCACUUCCAAGCUGUAUUAUAUCCUUUUUUUGUUUGGUUAAGGCAGUCAGUCCUUGAGACUUUGCAUAGAGACAGUUGUGAACAAAGCCUCAAAGACCAUAUCGUCACAUGUACUCCCCCCCCCCCCCCCCCCCCCCACUUCAACAGCCCCACCCCAGGAAGUCGCCAGGCCUCCCCCAUUGAGGCGGUGGAGAGGAUGGGCCCUGGCCAGGCUGGGCUGGAGAUGAUGACCCAGCACCACGCACAGCACCACGCCAUGCAGCCCCAGAAUCCAGCUCAGAACAAGCCCCAGCAGCAGGAGGACUUCCAGAGCCAGGAGACCCAGAACAUAGGCGGCAUGGAGCAGCAGCAGGGCGUGGAGUCCCUCCAGUUCGACUACGCUGGCAACCAGAUCCAGGUGGACUCCUCUGGCACCCCCGUUGGCCUGUUUGACUACAACUCCCAGCAGCAGGUGGGUUGAACCAGGAACUAGGGACCAGAUUUCUGUCAAUGCAUAGAUACACCUGCUUGAGAGUAGUGGAAACUGGCAUAUUAAAAGCAUCUAACUUGUUCUGUUUGUUUUCCAGUUGUUCCAGCGGUCCAACCAUCUGACUGUCCAGCAGCUUACUGCCGCCCAGCAGCAACAGUAUGCCCUGGCUGCUGCCCAGCAACAACACCUUGGUAAGUUGUAGUUUUAUUACUAUAGACAGUGUAUGUACUGUGGAUUUAUUUAUACAUCUGCUUGGCUCCAAACGGUACACGUACAGACAAGGAUUAGAGCAUGUUUGUGCAAGAUUGGGUAGUCAUAGUUAGUGUUAAGUUAGAAUGUUUUGUAAGUGAAAAAUUUACUGAAUGCCGUACUAGUUUGGUUUUGACGGCUAUUUGAUGAUGUGUUAUUCAAUAUCGACGCAUGGCUAACUGUUUUCUCUAGCCGGCCUCGCUCCCACGUUCGUGCCAAACCCAUACAUCAUCAACGCUGGACCCCCCGGAGCCGACCCCUACACCGCUGCUGGACUUGCCGCAGCAGCUACACUUGCCGGUUAGCAAUCCACACACAUACAGUGGUGGAGAAAGUACCCAAUUGUCAUACUUGAGUAAAAGUAAAGAUACCUUAAUAGAAAAUGACUCAAGUAAAAGUGAAAGUCACCCAGUAAAAUACUACUAGAGUACAAGUCUGAGUAUUUGGUUUUAAAUAUACUUAAGUAUCAAAAGUAGAUAUAAUUGCUAAAAUAUACUUAAGUAUCAAAAUUAAAAGUACAAGUGUAUAUAAAUAAUUUCAAAUUCCUUAUAUUAAGCAAACCAGGCUGCCACAUUUUCUAUUUUAUUUUAUUUACAGAUAGCCAGGGGCACACUCCAACACUAAGACAUCAUUUACAAACGAAGCAUGUGUUUAGUGAGUCCGGCAGAUCAGAGGCAGUAGGUGAUGACCAGAGAUGUGCUCUUGAUAAGUGUGUGAAUUAGACAAUUUUCCUGUCCUGCUAAGCAUUCAAAAUGUAACGAGUACUUUUGGGUGUCAGGGGAAAUGUAUGCAGAAAAAGUACAUAAUACUGUUUAGGAAUGUAGUAAAGUAAAAGUUGUCAUAAAUGUUGAAGUACAGAUACCCCAAAAAAACUACUUAAGUAGUACUUUAAAGUAUUUUUACUUAAGUACUUUACACCACUGCACACAUACACACUGUACUCAUACAUAGCACCCUUUUCACUCUGAAUGUGUACCGUCAUUAAUAGCUUCUUUAUUUACAUUUUAGUCAUUUAGCAGACGCUCUUAUCCAGAGCGACUUACAUGAACAAUUAGGGUUAAGUGCCUUGCUUAAGGGCACAUUGGCAGAUUUUUCACCUAGUCCACACUAAUGUAACAAUCUUCUACUUAAAUGAAUGCAACAAUUGUAUCAAAUCGUUCAUGCCACAGGUUUGGUAGUAGUAACUGAGGACUCCCUUCCCUUAGGGCCUACAGUGGUUCCCCCCCAGUACUAUGGUGUUCCUUGGGGCGUGUACCCUGCCAACCUCUUCCAGCAACAGGCGGCGGCGGCUGCCAGUCACAACGCUAAUCAGCAGGCAUCCAAUCAGGGGCCGGGACAGCAACAGGUAAGCAUUUCACCGACUAACAGCAGCUAACUGGAGAAUGAAUUUGAGUAUUGAUGAGUUAUGACGAAGGAGUAUUCAAAGUGAUCAUGAUUGAUGUUGUCAUUUUAAGUGAGGUUGGUGCUCUUCUCUCUCCAGGUGAUGCGUGCCGGGAACAACCAACGCCCACUCACCCCUGGUCAGGGCCAGCAGAGCCAGCAGGAGUCCCUGGCAGCCGCCGCCGCCAACCCGGCCCUCGCUUAUGCUGGUAUGCCAGGUCGGUGACACUAUACACAGAGUAGCAUUAGUUUAGGAGCAGACAUAAGGCCUUUUUCCCACGCUAUAUUCAAAUGCCAGUAUGCUUUCUACAAACGGUGGAAUAGGCAAAAUAUGAUAACACAACUACUGAUGGCAGUAGAUAACUACUGUAGCUAACUAGCCAGCUAACCUCUGACGCUAGCAAGCAGCAAUAAAAGGGAUUGCUUAUGGGUUAGCAUAACUAGCCAAACACUUUUUUUAAUUUUCGAAAUAUUAGCUAGCAUUUAUGAGGCCAGCAAACAUGUUCUUCGCAUGCUAUGAACCUAUUUCCUCCGUUUAUAAUGAAAAGGUGCCUCUCGGGUCCCAAAACACAUGUUUUCUGGAGUCUUGUGGGAGAAGUGCUGAUUAUGUCGCCCACUGUAUUCACUUUAGGUAGCCUGAUUGCGUCCAGACUGAGGAGAAAUCUGCACACAAUGCAUCCCUGACCACCUCCUGAAGUGGUCAGCCAGAUCUGAACACAAUCAGACCACAAAGCGACAUUUGUGCGUCUAGAUCCAGUUUUCUUGUAAAACAUUUUGUAUAUGCUAUCUUCAUAUUCUGAUCGCAGAAGUCGCAUGUAAGUGUCAAGUGUAGACACAAAGUUGGUUGCAGGAACCGUGCUGCAAAGGACAAAUUUGAAACGAGAAUAGCACGGUGUGUGAAAAGUGUAAGACCGCUGGUCACAUGCACUAAAUAGGCCUCACGAGCCGACCCAAAGAGUGAGCGAUGAAGUGUAGCAUUUGAAUAUAUCAUCCUUGCUCUCUGCAUUCUAUGCAUCAAUGCCGCUCUUGAAGCCUUCGAAGGCAUGUUGAGGAUUGCCCUGUAGCCCCUUUAAACAUGCUUAACAGGUCUGUAUAGUGUUUAAGGGGGAGAUACUUUGAUAUGCAAACUCAUCUCUCAUAUUCACACUGUCGGAAUACCUUUUGUGUGCAUACUUCUUCCACCUGCCUUUCUCUUGCUUAUGAUUAUGGUGCAAUAAGAUACCACAUCUUCAGUGCCCUCACGCUCCCUGUUGUAGAUCACACACACACUCCAGGCUGGUUUUCAUAAGUGCGUUUCCCCUCAGUGUGUCUGUCUCCUGCCCACCCAGGUUACCAGAUGCUGGCCCCCGCCGCCUACUACGACCAGAACGGGACCCUGGUGAUGGCCUCCGGGGCCCGUGGCGGUUUGGGAGGGCCCGUCCGCCUGGUCCAAACCCCGCUUCUCAUCAACCCACAGGCCGCAGCGCAGGCUGGUGAGUACCAAGAGUUGUCUGGCCCCAUGCUCUCAUACUGUUGCAUUGUGGGAAAUUGUGUAUUUUAAAGGAGGCUUAGCAGCCAGUGGAAUGAGUGCCACAUUUAGUGUGAACACACCAUUACUGUGCUUGUGAGAAUUGAGCAGGAAUUUAUAUCUCCAGACUCUCACUCUUGCAAUGACGUGAAUUAAUUGCUAAUGCCGAUGGGACUGUCCCACAGUUUUAUGGCACUUAUCCACCUCCUGUCCUCUCCUAAUGGGCCGCGUUGACCUAGUUUUGCUCCCCCUCUCUUUCCAUCCCUCUCCUCUCUCCCUCCAUUUAGCGGCCGCGGCGUCAGCAUCCGGCUCGGGCAACAGCAUGUCUGGCCCUCAGCCCAACGGCCUGUACCGCUCCAUGCCGCAGCAGCAACAGCAACAGCAGCCCCCGCCCCAGAACCAGGGCCUGCCCUCCAGCUCCUUCUAUGGCUCCGGGUCGGUGCCGGCCAGCUCCCAGAGCAGCUCCCUGUUCUCCCACACAUCCCAGGCCCCGCCGCCCACUUCCUCCCUGGGCUUCAGCGGCACCGGCGGCUCCCUGGGCGCGGGUCUGGGCUCAGCGCUCGGAGGCUUCGGCUCUUCAGGUUAGUGGAGAAGGAACUUGCAGGUUCAGGUUAAUCAUUAUACAUAUGCAAAAAGCAUGCAUAAAAUGUUAUGCCAUGCACCACAACAUUUUUUAUAUUUUUCUCUUGGCAAUUAACUGAGUUUUCCAAGAUGGUGCAUCUGUACCCCUGCUUUCGAUUCUCUGGUGUUCUCUCCUUUCUCUCUCCUCCCUCUUAUUUGUUUUUGUUCUCCCCUCUCCUAAUUUCACCGUCUUCAUUUCUCUCCCUCCCGUAGUGUCGAGCUCUACCAGCAGCAGCGUCUCUCGCCGGGACUCCCUGCUGGCAAGUUCUGACCUGUACAAGCGUGGCGGCAGCAGCCUCACCCCCAUUGGCCAGCCCUUCUAUAACAGCCUAGGCUACUCCUCCUCGCCCAGUCCCAUUGGCCUAACGCCGGGCCACUCCCCCCUCACACCCCCACCCUCUCUGCCAUCAUCUCACGGCUCCUCCUCCAGCCUUCACCUGGGUAAGGCCGCAAGUUAAACCGUUUUUCAAUAUUUUAUUUUAGUUCGAGCGUAUAGCGUUACGGCCAAAUAAAUUGGCACCCUUGCAUUUUCCUUAAAUAAUUAUCUAUUUCUUCUCAAAUAAGUUGAAAUUGGAAGAAACCUUUGGUCUCCACACCUUGUUAUUGGAUACUGGCAAUUUGGCCCGCUCUUCAUUAGCAGCAAACAGUGCCCUCACCCAACUGCUGUUUUCAGAUCCUGCCAUAGGGUUUUGCUGGCCAUUUCAGAACAGUCCGUCGUUUCUUGUUGAACCAUUCCUGGGUGCUUUUUGAUGUGUGUUUGGGGUUGUUUUCCUGCUGGAAGACCCACAACCUUCAAUGGAGACUGAGUUUUCGGACUCUGGGUUGAACAUUGGACUCAAAUACCUGAUCUGCUGAUUUCAUGAGUCCUUGAGCACAUUCAAGGCCCCCAGUACUUGAGGCAGCAAAGCAACCAUACAGCAUUAUCAAACCUCCCCCAUAUUUAAUUGUAGGGAGGGUGUUCUUGUCAUUGAAUGCUUAAUUUGGUCAUCGGUAAACACAGCGCCAAUCUGUAUUGCCAAAGAGCUCUGAUUUUGUUCCAUUGGUCCACAGAACAUUUCCCCAGGAUUUAGGCUUGUUUAGGUGGGUUUUUGAGAAGUUCAAUCAGGCUUUCUUGUCUCCUUCAGCAGUGGGGUCUUUCUGUUUACCAACGACCAAAUUAAGUAUUCAAAGAAAAGAACACCCUCCCUUCAAUCAAACAUGGGGGAGGUACGCUAAUGCUUUGGUCUUGCUUUGCUGUCUCUGGUACUGGUAGCCUUGAACGUGUGCAAGAUAUCAUUAAAUCAGAAGCUUAUCAAGAUGUUUUGGAGUGCAAUCUUCAACCCAGUGUCCAAAAACUGUUAAAGUUGUGGGUCUUCCAGCAGGACAAAAACCCCAAGAACACAUCAAAUCAAUUUUAUUUUAUAUAGCCCUUCGUACAUCAGCUAAUAUCUCGAAGUGCUGUACAGAAACCCAGCCUAAAACCCCAAACAGCUAGUAAUGCAGGUGUAGAAGCACGGUGGCUAGGAAAAACUCCCUAGAAAGGCCAAAACCUAGGAAGAAACCUAGAGAGGAACCAGGCUAUGAGGGGUGGCCAGUCCUCUUCUGGCUGUGCCGGGUGGAGAUUAUAACAGAACCAUGCCAAGAUGUUCAAAAAUGUUCAUAAGUGACAAGCAUGGUCAAAUAAUAAUCAGGAAUAAAUCUCAGUUGGCUUUUCAUAGCCGAUCAUUAAGAGUUGAAAACAGCAGGUCUGGGACAGGUAGGGGUUCCAUAACCGCAGGCAGAACAGUUGAAACUGGAAUAGCAGCAAGCCAAGGCGGACUGGGGACAGCAAGGAGUCACCACGGCCGGUAGUCCCGACGUAUGGUCCUAGGGCUCAGGUCUCUCAGUUGGCUUUUCAUAGCCGAUCAUUAAGAGUUGAAAACAGCAGGUCUGGGACAGGUAGGGGUUUCGUAACCGCAGGCAGAACAGUUGAAACUGGAAUAGCAGCAAGGCCAGGCGGACUGGGGACAGCAAGGUGUCAGCAUGUCCGGUAGUCCUGACGUAUGGUCCUAGGGCUCAGGUUCUCAGAGAGAAAGAGAGAACGAGAGAAUUAGAGAGAGCAUACUUAAAUUCACACAGGACACUGGAUAAGACAGGAGAAGUACUCCAGGUAUAACCAACUAACCCCAGCCCCCCGACACAUAAACUACUGCAGCAUAAAUACUGGAGGCUGAGACAGGAGCGGUCCGGAGACACUGUGGCCCCAUCCGAAGAAACCCCCGGACAGGGCCAAACAGGAAGGAUAUAACCCCACCCACUCUGCCAAAGCACAGCCCCCGCACCACUAGAGGGAUAUCCUCAACCACCAACUUACAAUCCUGAGACAAGGCCGAGUAUAGCCCACAGAGGUCUCCACCACAGCACAAACCAAGGGGGGGCGCCAACCCAGACAGGAAGAUCACGUCAGUAACUCAACCCACUCAAGUGACGCACCCCUCCUAGGGACGGCAUGAAAGAGCACCAGCAAGCCAGUGACUCAGCCCCUGUAACAGAGUUAGAGGCAGAGAACCCCAGUGGAGAGAGGGGAACCGGCCUGGCAGAGACAGCAAGGGCUGUUCGUUGCUCCAGAGUCUUUCCGUUCACCUUCACACUCCUGGGCCAGACUACACUCAAUCAUAUGACCUACUGAAGAGAUAAGUCUUCAGUAAAGACUUAAAGGUUGAGACCGAGUCUGCGUCUCUCACAUGGGUAGGCAGACUGUUCCAUAAAAAUGGAGAUCUAUAGGAGAAAGCCCUGCCUCCCGCUGUUUGCUUAGAAAUUCUAGGGACAAUUAGGAGGCCUGCGUCUUGUGACCGUAGCGUACGUAUUGGUAUGUACGGCAGGACCAACUCGGAAAGAUAGGUAGGAGCAAGCCCAUGUAACGCUUUAUAGGUUAACAGUAAAACCUUGAAAUCAGCCCUUGCCUUAACAGGAAGCCAGUGUAGGGAAGCUAGCACUGGAGUAAUAUGAUCAAAUUUCUUGGUUCUAGUCAGGAUUCUAGCAGCCGUAUUUAGCACUAACUGAAGUUUAUUUAGUGCUUUAUCCGGGUAGCCGGAAAGUAGAGCAUUGCAGUAGUCUAACCUAGAAGUAACAAAUGCAUGGAUUAAUUUUUCUGCAUCAUUUUUGGACAGAACAUUUCUGAUUUUUGCAAUGUUACGUAGAUGGAAAAAAGCUGUCCUUGAAACAGUCUUGAUAUGUUCGUCAAAAGAGAGAUCAGGGUCAAGAGUAACGCCGAGGUCCUUCACAGUUUUAUUUGAGACGACUUUACAACCAUCAAGAUGAAUUGUCAGAUUUAACAGAAGAUCUCUUUGUUUCUUGGGACCUAGAACAAGCAUCUCUGUUUUGUCCGAGUUUAAAAGUAGAAAGUUUUCAGCCAUCCACUUCCUUAUGUCUGAAACACAGGCUUCUAGCGAGGGCAAUUUUGGGGCUUCACCAUGUUUCAUUGAAAUGUACAGCUGUGUGUCAUCCGCAUAGCAGUGAAAGUUAACAUUAUGUUUUCGAAUAACAUCCCCAAGAGGUAAAAUAUAUAGUGAAAACAAUAGUGGUCCUAAAACGGAACCUUGAGGAACACCGAAAUGUACAGUUGAUUUGUCGGAGGACAGACCAUUCACAGAGACAAACUGAUAUCUUUCCGACAGGUAAGAUCUAAACCAGGCCAGAACUUGUCCGUGUAGACCAAUUUGGGUUUCCAGUCUCUCCAAAAGAAUGUGGUGAUCGAUGGUGUCAAAGGCAGCACUAAGGUCUAGUAGCACGAGGACAGAUGCAGAGCCUCGGUCUGACGCCAUUAAAAGGUCAUUUACCACCUUCACAAGUGCAGUCUCAGUGCUAUGAUGGGGUCUAAAACCAGACUGAAGCAUUUCGUAUACAUUGUUUGUCUUCAGAAAGGCAGUGAGUUGCUGCGCAACAGCUUUUUCUAAAAUUUUUGAGAGGAAUGGAAGAUUCGAUAUAGGCCGAUAGUUUUUUAUAUUUUCCGGGUCAAGGUUUGGCUUUUUCAAGAGAGGCUUUAUCACUGCCACUUUUAGUGAGUUUGGUACACAUCCGGUGGAUAGAGAGCUGUUUAUUAUGUUCAACAUAGGAGGGCCAAGCACAGGAAGCAGCUCCUUCAGCAGUUUAGUAGGAAUAGGAUCCAGUAUGCAGCUUGAAGGUUUAGAGGCCAUGAUUAUUUUCAUCAUUGUGUCAAGAGAUAUAGUACUAAAACACUUAAGUGUCUCUCCCGAUCCCAGGCCCUCGCAGAGCUGUGCAGAUCCAGGACAGCUAAGCCCUGGAGGAAUACGCAGAUUCAAAGAGGAGUCCGUAAUUUGCUUUCUAAUGGUCAUGAUCUUUUCCUCAAAGAAGUUCAUGAAUUUAUCACUGCUAAAGUGAAAGCCAUCCUCUCUUGGGGAAUGCUGCUUUUUAGUUAGCUUUGCAACAGUAUCAAAAAGAAAUUUUGGAUUGUUCUUAUUUUCCUCGAUUAAGUUGGAAAAGUAGGAUGAUCGAGCAGCAGUGAGGGCUCUUCGGUACUGCACGGUACUGUCUUUCCAAGCUAGUCGGAAGACUUCCAGUUUGGUGUGGCGCCAUUUCCGUUCCAAUUUCCUGGAAGCUUGCUUCAAAGCUCGGGUAUUUUCUGUAUACCAGGGAGCUAGUUUCUUAUGACAAAUGUUUUUCGUUUUUAGGGGUGCAACUGCAUCUAGGGUAUUGCGCAAGGUUAAAUUGAGUUCCUCAGUUAAGUGGUUAACUGAUUUUUGUCCUCUGACGUCCUUGGGUAGGCAGAAGGAGUCUGGAAGGGCAUCAAUGAAUUUUUGUGUUGUUUGAGAAUUUAUAGCACGACUUUUGAUGCUCCUUGGUUGGGGUCUGAGCAGAUUAUUUGUUGCGAUUGCAAAUGUAAUAAAAUGGUGGUCCGAUAGUCCAGGAUUUUGUGGAAAAACAUUAAGAUCUACAACAUUUAUUCCAUGGGACAAAACUAGGUCCAGAGUAUGACUGUGGCAGUGAGUAGGUCCAGAGACAUGUUGGACAAAACCCACUGAGUCGAUAAUGGCUCCGAAAGACUUUUGGAGUGGGUCUGUGGACUUCUCCAUGUGAAUAUUAAAAUCACCAAAAAUUAGAAUAUGAUCUGCUAUGACUACAAGGUCUGAUAGGAAUUCAGGAAACUCAGAGAGGAACGCUGUAUAUGGCCCAGGAGGCCUGUAAACAGUAGCUAUAAAAAGUGAUUGAGUAGGCUGCAUAGAUUUCAUGACUAGAAGCUCAAAAGAUGAAAACGCCAUUUUUUUUUUUGUAAAUUGAAAUUUGCUAUCGUAAAUGUUAGCAACACCUCCGCCUUUGCGGGAUGCACGGGGAAUAUGGUCACUAGUGUAACCAGGAGGUGAGGCCUCAUUUAACACAGCAAAUUCAUCAGGCUUAAGCCAUGUUUCAGUCAGGCCAAUCACAUCAAGAUUAUGAUCAGUGAGUAGUUCAUUGACUAUGACUGCCUUUGAAGUGAGGGAUCUAACAUUAAGUAACCCUAUUUUGAGAUGUGAGGUAUCACGAUCUCUUUCAAUAAUGGCAGGAAUGGAGGAGGUCUUUAUCCUAAUAAGAUUGCUAGGGCGAACACCGCCAUGUUUAGUUUUGCCCAACCUAGGUCGAGGCACAGACACAGUCUCAAUGGGUAUGGCUGAGCUGACUACACUGACUGUGCUAUUGGCAGACUCCACUAAGCUGGCAGGUUGGCUAACAGCCUGCUGCCUGGCCUGCACCCUAUUUCACUGUGGGGCUAGAGGAGUUAGAGCCCUAUCUAUGUUGGUAGAUAAAAUGAGAGCACCCCUCCAGCUAGGAUGGAGUCCGUCACUCCUCAGCAGGUCAGGCUUGGUCUUGUUUGUGUGUGAGUCCCAGAAAGAGGGCCAAUUAUCUACAAAUUCUAUCUUUUGGGAGGGGCAGAAAACAGUUUUCAACCAGCGAUUGAGUGCUGAGACUCUGCUGUAGAGCUCGUCACUCCCCCUAACUGGGAGGGGGCCAGAGACAAUUACUCGAUGCCGACACAUCUUUCUAGCUGAUUUACACGCUGAAGCUAUGUUGCACUUGGUGACCUCUGACUGUUUCAUCCUAACAUCGUUGGUGCCGACGUGGAUAACAAUAUCUCUAUACUCUCUACACUCGCCAGUUUUAGCUUUAGCCAGCACCAUCUUUAGAUUAGCCUUAACGUCGGUAGCCCUGCCCCCUGGUAAACAGUGUAUGAUCGCUGGGUGAUUCGUUUUAAGUCUAAUACUGCGGGUAAUGGAGUCGCCAAUGACUAGGGUUUUCAAUUUGUCAGAGCUAAUGGUGGGAGCCUUCGGCGUCUCAGACCCCGUAACGGGAGGAGUAGAGACAAGAGAAGACUCAGACUCAGACUCCGACUCGCUACAUAAUGGGGAAAACCGGUUUAAAGUUUCUGUCGGCUGAAUGAGCGACACCGGUUGAGCAUUCCAACAGUAUUUCCCUCCAGAAGCCAUGAGAAAGUUGUCCGGCUGCGGGGACUGUGCGGGGGGAUUUAUACUAACGUUACUAUCUGUACUUACUGGUGGCACAGACGCUGUUUCUUCCUUUCCUACACUGAAAUUACCCUUGCCUAACGAUUGCGUCUGAAGCUGGGCUUGUAGCACAGCUAUUCUCGCCGUAAGGCGAUCGUUCUCCUGUAUAUUAUGAGUACAGCGACUGCAAUUAGAAGACAUCAUGUUAAUGUUACUACUUAGCUUCGGCUGUUGAAGAUGUUGACGAACCAUGUCCAGAUAAAGCGUCCGGAGUGAAAAAGUUGAAUGAGGGAAAAAAGUUGCGAUGGAAAAAAGGAAAAUAAAGUAAAGUUGGCAGCAAAAACGCACAGGAAAAUGACUCUUCUGUCUCGGGAUAAAACGUCCGGGGUGAAAAAGUUUAACGAAAAAAAGAUGAGUGAGGACAAAACUAAAAAGUUGGUAAAUUUGUUGAACACAGAGAUUGAUUAAACGUUAACACUAGGCUUACACCACUUACAUCAAAGCACCCUGGAAUGGUUCAAGAAGACACGCAGGACUGAUCCUGAGUGGCCAGCGACGAGUCCAUAUCUGCAUCCAUAACCUAUCGCAAGAUCCAAAAACAGCAGUUGGAGGGCACACCUCAAACAUUGAAGAAUUAGAGCAGUUUGAAGAGUGGGCAGAUUUCCAGUAGAAUGCUGCAGCAAAGCUCAUUGAGGAGGCUACAAGAAGCAUUUGUUGGCUGUGCAACCAAGUAGUAGCUCAGGGGCCAUUUUCUCCAUGCCAUUUGUCUUUUUUGUCUAAAUGAAAAUUGUAAACUGAAGUUAAAAUAAAAUGUGUUCUGCAAUGUAGAAUAUCUAAGGUUUGGAGACCAAAAGUUAGUCAAUUUCAACUUAUUUGAGAAGAAAUAUGGAAUUAAGAAAAGUGCAAGGGUGCCAAUGUAUUUGGCUGCAACUGUACAUGAACUUCACUCGACCACUACUCUGCCUAACUGUGCACCUAGACAUGCAACAUCCAUAGAGAGGGAAUUCACAUUCAAGUUAACGUAGUGAGGGUCGAAAAAUAAUAUUUCUAUGGCAACGCCUACUCAUCCCUUUGUUCCGCCCUGGCAUCCCCAACCCCCAGGCGGCCUGACGAAUGGCAGUGGGCGCUACAUCUCAGCGGCGCCGGGUGCGGAGGCAAAGUACCGCAGCGCAGGGGCCACCUCCAGCCUGUUCAGCUCCAGCAGCCAGCUAUUCCCGCCGUCGCGCCCCCGCUAUAGCCGCUCGGACGUCAUGCCCAGCGGGCGCAGCCGCCUGCUGGAGGACUUCCGCAACAACCGCUUCCCCAACCUGCAGCUGCGUGACCUGCCCGGCCACAUGGUGGAGUUCUCCCAAGACCAGCACGGCUCCAGGUGGGUGAUGGAUAGACGUACGGAUCAACGGACACAUACACAUACUCUGCUGCAUAUUACGCCCUCCUAUCAUGUUCUUGAGACACUUUCUUAUCGCUAUAAUGUUCGGGUUACUCUUAAAAUUCCCCUUCUAUGCCCCCCCCCCCUCUGUCUCCAGGUUCAUCCAGCAGAAGCUGGAGAGGGCCACCCCCGCCGAGAGGCAGAUGGUGUUUGGGGAGAUCCUGCAGGCGGCCUAUCAGCUGAUGACUGACGUGUUUGGCAACUACGUCAUCCAGAAGUUCUUUGAGGUGGGGACCGUUGUCACAGUUGUAGGGUUAGAUUUGAUGGCACUCGGGAUACUUGUUAUCAUUGAAUCGUAACCAUACCAACUUUUAAUGUGCCUUCAACCAAUAUAUGUCUGAUUUAGCUUUUUACUAGCACCGAUAUUGCUGAUAUGUUUUUAUUUUUUUUAAGAAGGUUAAUCAUGAUAUGUGGUCAUUUUAACGACUUGGGAUGCACCUAUUGUAAGUUAAUGUGGAUAAGCGCGUUGGCUUAAAAUGCAUAUUAUAUUCAGCAAACGCUCUUAUCAAUAAUAUAUGCCAUUUACCAGACUCUUUUAUCCAAAGCGACUUAAUCAUGCUUGCAUACAUUUUCGUAUGGGUGGUCCCAGUGGGAAUCGAACCCACAUUGUGGCACUGCAAGCACCGUGCUCUACCAACUAAGCCAGAGAAGACAGGUCGUCAUAAUUUUGCAUCAUCUAAAUGUUCUCUGUGUGUCUCUGUGCAGUUUGGCAGUGCAGAUCAGAAGCUGGCUCUGGCCACCCGAAUCCGCGGCCACGUGCUGCCCCUGGCCCUGCAGAUGUACGGCUGCCGGGUGAUCCAGAAGGCCCUGGAGUCCAUCUCCUCCGACCAGCAGGUAAUUGUAAGUGGAUCUUCACUUCUCUUCUGAUUUUAGAUGACAUUUUUUUUGGGGGGGGGGGGCUUCUAGGUUGUGUCCCAAAUGCCACCCUAUUCCCUAUAUACAGUGCACUACUUUUGACCAGUGCCCCAUGGGCCCUGGUCAAAAGUUGUGCACUAUAAAGGAAAUAUGGUGGCAUUUGGGACGUUGCCCUAGUGUUAUUGUUUUCUGAGUAGUGUACUCUCCAGUAAGCAUGGGUAAGCUGUGUAAUAUGGUCCUGUUGUCCUUCUCUGUCCACUUUGAACAGCCUUAAGCAUCUUUGAAUAGCCCUUUACAUUGAGGACUAUGGUAGACAGAGCAUCAAGCAAUUAGAAGGAAGAAAAUGGAUGUGUUCUGUAUAAAUAAAAUGACUUUGUCGUUCUAUUUCAAUGGGAUUAACAUAGACGGGUAGAAAAAUGGUCAGAAGAUGUAUGGGGGAGAGAUGGAUGGAUGAAUUACUCCUCUCCCUCUCGAUCCCCUUCAUCAGAGUGACAUAGUGCGGGAGCUGGACGGCCACGUGCUGAAGUGUGUGAAGGAUCAGAACGGAAACCAUGUGGUGCAGAAGUGUAUCGAGUGUGUCCAGCCCCAGGCCCUGCAGUUUAUCAUCGAUGCCUUCCAGGGCCAGGUGAGAGCCCAUUCAUUAGGGCAUGCAAUGGAAAACUGUUUGCAACAGAAAAGGAAAAUGUGUUUCUGAUUGGACAAUUUCAUGUUACAUCGUUUUUUACAUCGUUUUUUUCUCUGUUUAGUGCUUAAUGAACACGACCCAGAAAACAUGAACACAACUGCCAGUCACAUUGUGUUCAGCAGGGCACACCGCAUCAAAGCAUUUUACAACGGGGGAAACAAAAAUCUAUGUUUUCAUUGGACUACUUCCAAUAGCUGUACCUGCCCCUUUCAGAACGUUUUUCACCUACUGAAAACGACCCAGACACGGACAUAUUAGUCACUUUCACCCCCAGGAUUCAAUGUAUGGACCAGCCGAUUUGGGCCCUUUAACAAACAUUACCUAACAUCGACAUAUUAAUGACGACGUACUCCUAUUCUUCAAUACAUUUUCCUUAAUGCAUUUAUCUGAAGCUUUACUUUAUUUUCCACUUAUCUAGGCUCAAGGGAGACUGUAACCCAUUGUGUUGACGCGUGUUGUCUCUUCCCUGCAGGUGUUUGUGCUGUCCACCCACCCUUACGGCUGCAGGGUGAUCCAGCGGAUCCUGGAGCACUGCACCCAGGAGCAAACCCUGCCCAUCCUGGAGGAGCUGCACCAGCAUUCUGAGCAGCUCGGUCAGGUAAAUGCAGCCAGGCAAGCCCUGGUCUCAACUCCUAACUGCACCCCAGUCGCUCACACAUGGUCAAUGUAAUGCUUUGCAGGGUUUAGGUGGUGGGUGUGGCAGUCAGCGCGGCUGGAUUUUUAGAGAACCUUUUAGAGGCCCGCAUCUUGGCGGUGUAGAUGUUUUCAUAUUUAAGCCAAUUUGCUGCAAUUCUACCUAUUUCUCCAUGGAGCUGAGUGAGAUUGUUUCAGUUUUAAAGCUAGUUACCUGAAAUUCUACACAUUUUGUCAUGUGGCUGAGAGAGAAAAAAUCUGGAGAAAUCAGCAGUUGCUACAUCCAUUUUUGGACGUAUAAAUUAAUUAUAUGUACCCAUUUGAUUAUUAUAAAUGCCUCAAGCUUAGUUCAACUGUCGUACCCCAUCAGAACCCAAAAUAUAAGCUUGUUUUACACCAAUGUAAGUAAAGAUACACAAGUGGAGGCUGCUGAGGGGAAGACGGCUCAUAAUAAUGGCAGGAACGGAGUGAAUGGAAUGGAAUCAAACACAUGGAAACCAUGCAUUUGAUACAAUUCCACUCCAGCCAUUACCACGAGCCCGUCCUCCCCAAUUAAGGUGCCUCCAACCUCCUGUGACAUACACUAUAUAACCCCCAUACUCGGUCGGACUUCGACCCCUGGUAUCAUAUAAACACAUGACAUGGAAGAAUGCAUAGAAUUGCAGGAAAUUUGCUUUAAAACAGCAACAACAAAAAAUCUGCCCCAUGUAAAAUGUGUAGAAUUGUGGGAAAUGAGCUUUAAAACUGCAACACUUUCUCUCCGCCAACGAGGGGUGUGAAUAGUUUGGGGUUGUGAGAUGGGGGUUUGUUACUGCGCCGAUUAAUUACAUUAUCCAUCCGGACCUUCGCCACCUUGGAAAUUUGUGUGACCGGACCUUCCCAAAUAGUACUUGAGUACCCCAGCUAUAUAGCCUCAAAACAUUGUUAAAACUAAUUGUGAUAUCCUGGAUGGUCAGUCCUUGCAUCCAUAGUGCGGUCUAUGAAUUUGAGGUUACAUUUCUUCAACCCCAUCCCUCAGCUUUUUACCAAAACAGGGGCGGAGAAAAUGCUUUGUUUCAACUGCUGAUCGCUGCUUUAAAGCACAUUUCCUGCAAUUCAAAAUUUUUGGCCAUUGCUUAUGCCGUGUUCUCAUGCUAUCUGAGUGACUCAAACAUUAUAACAAAAUCAGUGGUGGUCCCAUGACAUUUUAGGAAUGUUAGAUUCUCGCUGUCUAGUUUUUAUUUUGGUGAUUGUUAGUUCUCAAAGAUAUUAUAAAAAUAAAGAAAAUAUUAUGUGUGUGUAUGUAUGUAUAUGUAUAUAUAUAUAUAUAUAUAUAUAUAUACACACAAUCAUUAUUUUUUUGGGGGGGUGGGAGUAGCGGCUACGAGUUUAGCAGCGGUGGUCUACCGCUGCUAAAUUAAUAUAUGGGAAACACUAGUGUGUGUGUGUGUGCAUAUUUUGUAGUUCUUGUGAUGUUUUCAUUGUUAGUGUGGCUGUGUAGCCUGUGUCGUGUUCAUUAGGGCCAAAAGGGUGACUGAAUGAAAAAAAAAAAAAUAGCAGAUUCUCAUUGGACAAGUCCGGACAGUCCCUUCCUGUUUCAGUCCGUUUUCUUCCCUUUGGUGCCUAACGAACACGACCAUGAGCAGUGUACAUUUUAAUCCACGGUUAAUGAUAGAUAAGGAUAAGUGUAUUCCUGCUGGCAAUGAUUUCUACCUCUGACCUAUAAUAUGAUGUUAAUUUAACCCCCCCCCCGCCCCCCACUUAUUCCAUCUAGAAAUAUCAAGGCGUUUCAUUGGAGAUGACACCCAAAACAUAUUAUACAGUGUCCAGCGAUGCACUGUUCAAGGUCAGAGCAAUUCGCCUCCCACGCGGACGUCGUCCUCGUGUCGCCUCCCUCACUACUCCUCCAUAUUUCUCUCUUUCUCAA